AGACGGACGAGAGGGAGCGCUACAUCGCCCCCACGGUGCUGGCGGACGUGCAGCCGUCGGAGCCUGCCAUGCAGGAGGAGAUCUUCGGGCCCGUCCUGCCCAUCGUCACCGUGCCCAACGUGGACGAAGCCAUCGCCUUCAUCAACAGCCGGGAGCGGCCGCUGGCCGUGUACGUCUUCGCCUCCAACAGCAAGCUGGUGCGCCGGGUGCUGGAGCGGACGAGCAGCGGCGGUUUUGGUGCCAACGACACCAUAAUGCAGAUGACGCUAAUCUCGCUGCCCUUCGGUGGGAUUGGGAACAGCGGCCUGGGCUCGUACCACGGCAAGUUCAGCUUCGACACCUUCUCUCACCACCGCGCCUGCCUCCUGCGCAGCAUGGGCCUGGAGCCCAUGAACGCCCUGCGCUA